AUGGCUGUACUAGUGGUGGUAGGGGAGGGGGCUCAGAAAGUAGGAUAUGAAAGAGAUCAAGAAAGGGAAGAGGAAGAAGACGAGGGUGAAGAAUCAGGGCACGAUGGAGGGUUGAGGCGGGGGAUAGAGGUGAGUGGGAGGACAGUUGACGGAGCGGGCACAACCACUCCGAGUCAAUGGAAGGAUAGCAGCGAGGAAAAGAUGAGAGAGAUGACUUUUGAGGCGUCUCAAAAGGAUAGCGGAGAGGGGAAGAUGAGAGAGAUGAUGGAAUCAUGUGGGGAAGGGGAGGAGGGCGGAGCGGCACGGGCGAUGGGGAAAGAUAGAGGAGGAGGGAAGGAGGAAUCGGAUGAGGACAUGAUCGCCUUUUCUCCUUUCCUCCGCUUCACACCCAUCCCUUACAUCACCUCUCUCCCCAAGCCUCCCCCUUCGCCUUCCCCCAUGCCCCCUCCCAUCCCUUCCCCUUUCCCACCGCCAAUUCCGUUCACCAUCCCUCAGCCCAUCCUUCCGUCCAUCCCUCCGCCAAUCCUUCCCCUCAUCCUUUCGCCAACCCUUCCCCCCAUUCCGCUCCCCACUCCUGCGCGCAUCCCUGCACAGCUAAUUCCCACUUUCAAGCAUUCAUCCAUCCCUCCGUCCAUCCAUUCUCUCUUCCCACCAUCCAUCCCUGCGCCCAUUCCUCCGCGCAUCCUCCCCCCUAUCCCUCUGCGCACCACACAGAAAAUCCCCCCUGUUCCGCUGAUCCCCCCUGCGCGCACUCUCUAA